GUGGAAACGCGCGGUGCCAUCUGCCUCGCUCGGUGCUCUCCGCAAACCUCACACAUGCAAGCCCGGCAAGAAAGAUGCUGCCCACUCUCAAGAUUUGGACAUUGUUUUCUUUGUCGCUUUUCUUCCUGAUUCAACCGGGUCAUACGAAGAAGGUUUUCCGAUGUCCUUCAACAUGCAGCUGCUCCAGGGAGUCCAUCAUUUGCGUCGGGUCCUCCAAUGUCCCGAGGAUUAGCCCCAACGACAUCAAUUCUUUGAGUAUCGUCAAUGGGACUUUCUCCGAGGUCAAAGAGGCAAUGUUUGCUCACAUGCCAUCCCUCCAGCUACUGCUUCUGAAUUCCAAUUCUCUUACAACUGUAAGGGAUGAUGCAUUCUCAGGCCUUCCACAUCUGGAGUAUCUGUUCAUUGAGAGUAAUAAAAUGGAGACUGCAGCAAAAUAUGCCUUCAGAGGACUCAGGGACUUGACUCACUUGUCUUUGGCAAACAACAACAUUAAAGCCUUGCCCAGGGACCUCUUCAAUGACUUGGACUCACUGAUAGAGCUGGAUCUGCGAGGCAAUGCCUUUGAGUGUGACUGCCGUGCCAAGUGGCUGAUGACGUGGCUGAAGAACACCAAUGCCACCGUGUCGGAUGUCGUGUGUGCUGGACCGGAGGACAUGAAGGACAAGCGGCUCAAUGAUAUGAACAGUCUGCACAACGAAUGCAUCUCAACGGAUUUCGUCCUACAUCAGUCUGUGGAAUCGGAGUCUCUGUCAGUUGACACAUUCAGCUAUAAGAAUGAUGUCUAUGUGACUAUUGCUGCUCCCAGCGCAGAGAGCUGUAUGGUUUUCCAAUGGGACCACAUAGAAAUGAACUUCAGGACAUACGAUAACAUAACCGGUCAGUCCAUUGUCGGGUGCAAGUCAGUCGUCAUCCAGGACCAGGUGUUCGUCAUCGUGGCUCAGCUCUUCGGCGGCUCCCACAUCUACAAGUUUGAUGAGGACCAAAGCAGGUUCAGCAAGUUCCAGGACAUUGAGGUGUCCAAGAUCUCCAAGCCCAAUGACAUUGAGGCGUUCCAGGUCGGCCCUGAUUGGUUCUUUGUGAUUGCUGACAGCUCCAAGGCAGGCCUGUCCACCCUCUACAAGUGGAACGAUAAGGGCUUUUAUUCAUACCAGUCGCUGCAUGAGUGGUACCGUGACACCGAUGCAGAGUUCCUGGACUUGGAUGGGAAGGCCCAUCUCAUCUUGGCAAGCCGCUCACAGGUGCCUGUGAUCUACCAGUGGAGCCGAAGCAACCAGAAGUUUGUCCUGCAGGGCGAGAUCCCUAACAUGGAGGACGUUGUAGCUGUAAAGCACUUCCGGAUCAAGGAGGAACUCUACCUGGCUAUGACGCGCUAUAUUGGUGACUCCAAAAUUCUACGGUGGGGUGCCAAACAGUUUGCGGAGAUCCAGGCCUUGCCCUCGCGAGGCUCCAUGAUUCUCCAGCCGUUCUAUUUCAAAGAACGUAACUACCUGGCCCUGGGAAGUGAUUACACUUUCUCACAGAUCUACGUGUGGGAUGAUGAGAACAAACUAUUUGACCGUUUCAAGGAGGUGUACAUCCAGGCGCCGCGCUCCUUCACAGUGGUUUCCACUGACCGCAGGGACUUCAUCUUCACCUCUAGCUUUAAAGGAAACACACAAAUCUUUGAGCACAUCAUCAUUGACUUGAGCUUGUGAGGGGCAUUGCUUUAUUGUCCCUCCUGCAAUCGAACGUCUUCCACUAAAAAGACACAUUUCUGUAGGGAAAAGAAAGGAACAGAACAGACUAAAAGAACUGUUAAAUAUCAAUUCCUCCAUACGUUUCUGUCACAAAUAAGAGCUGGGUCGAGUGGUGUUGGGAAUCCUUUUUAGUUUUUAAGGUUUCUUGACUAUUUCUCAAUGGCCUUGUCCUAUUACCUGUUCUCGCUCGGACUUUCAAAGACCCUACCAUUUCACAGAGACUGAGAGGGGGAGUCAAGAGGGUGGACAAUUGUACAAAGAGGCUGGUAUUCUCCUAAAAAUCCAGCUGGCAUUCCUGAGGGCAGAAAGAUUUGAAAUGUAAUUUAAACUAUUUAGAGAUUUUAGUUUAAUAUCCCCUGCACUAAUGGUUUUAUAUCCCAAAAAUAUACAAGAGGACCUAAGAGAAAAAUCAAAUUAGUAAUUUUGUUUUGUUGUCAUUUGAGGAAUGUAACCGGUGUGGUUGCUCAUCUAUGAGCCACUUCCCUAAUUGUCCUCAUACCGUGUGGUAAUUUGUUGCCUUAUCAGCGCUGGGGUUCUGUGUUCUGAUGGGCCCACAGUGCCUCCCUCUGGCCGCUAUAAAGUAUCACAGCCCUUUGCUUUUUCCAUGCAGGGAAUGUCUUGAAAGCACAAACCUUUAAUUAUUGUAGUCGAGACUCUAGCCCUAGAGUGUAGUCGUUAAGUAGAACAUGUUACUGUAGGUGCUAUAGACUAUAUUGCGUACAGUAAAAAAUGAAGAAGUGGUUUGUUGUUUUAAGAGGAGAAAUAUUCAGGACUGGAUAUAGCUAAUGCCUUUUUAGACAAACAUGUGAAUGGAAUAACCUUUUAGUCCAGAAGAACUACAGUAUAGGUGGCGAAGCAGAUAGAAGCUCUUUAUCUCCAUUUAGUGUUUAGGUGAUGUCAGGGAAAUUAAACCUACUAACAAGUUUGACAAAUUAACCACAGUUGUUAGAUUCCUGACAUAAUUUAGCUUUUCUUUUGAGAAUAUAACUAUUAAAAAAAGGCUCCUCACUGCAGAAGUCAGUGAACUCAAAUAUACAUUUGAUAAAAGGACAUCAUUUUUUUGUCCAGAAAUGAAGGAAAGAAAAUGUUGAUGUAAAUAUAUUCAUCCAAGUUGAGAGGCUUUUUUUCCCUCUGUCAUUCUGUCCUUACUAAUACUAAAUGUUGACCUACAAGCUACAAAAUGUACAUAAAACAUGGACUGCAAUGCCACUACCUGUUUGUCACACAAAAACCUGAACGAUCUUUGCACCUAUUUUAAAGGAAAUAUAACGUUAACUGCAGCUUGCAAGAGCAUGACAUUCAAAAAAGGGUGUUUGCCAAAUUAUUUUUAAAUAAACCCAAACUCAGAAGUCUAAAAGUGCUUCUGCUCAUUACCUGAAUGUUAUUGCAAUUUAAAAAAACUAAAACAAAUAAUGGAAUA